CAAUCGAGGGUGGGCUGAAUCUUCUGGACUACCCGGCCCGGCCCCAUCUGUUUCUGGGAGAGAAAGAAAGGAAUGUCCCAUCUUUCACGUAACACUCAGAGAUAGAAAAAGGCAUUUGGCUUUGGCGGGGAUGGAUUGAAUUGAAAGUGAAAAGAAAAGAAUAAGAGAGAGAGAGAGAGAGAAAUGGAGGAGGAAGUGAAGAAAUUGGUGGAGGAGAAGAAGAAGGAGGAGGUUCCUCCAGCUCCAGGGGCAGGGGUGUUCAAAAUGAAAAUGAAAUCACUUGCACUUUUGAAUCGCAACAAAUCCAAAUCCAAAUCCAAUGCCAAUGCCAAUGUCAUUGCCCUUUCCCCUAAACCCAUUCCUCACCUCUCUUCUCUCGCCAACUCCGUCGUCUCUCGCUGUUCCACGAUCCUUCAAGUCACCACUGAAGAACUAGAGCAUCGAUUUGACACAGAGCUACCAGAGAGCGUCAAGGAACGUCUGACUUAUGCAAGGAAUUUUUUAGAAUUCUGCUCAUAUCAAGCACUUCAUCAAUUGAGUACGAGUCCAAAUUUUUUGAGUGGCAAGGAUUUUCGUCAAUUGACGUACGACAUGAUGCUUGCAUGGGAAGCUCCCAGUGUUGAGAGUGAAACACUAGAUAAAGAAAGUCCUUCAAGUAGUAACCAGGAAAUAGAGGAAGAGGAUGGGUGGUCACUAUUUUCUUCAAGUUCUACGACUUUGGCAGUUCAGGUUGAUGACAAGAAAACUGUUGGGCGAGAGGCUUUUGCACGAAUUGCUCCUGUUUGUUCUGCUGUUGCUGAUAUAAUAACAGUCCACAAUCUUUUUGAUGCACUGACAAGUUCUUCAGGCUGUCGACUUCAUUUUCUUGUAUAUGAUAAGUACAUUCGAAGCCUUGACAAAGUUAUUAAGGCCGCAAAAAAUGCAUUGGCCCCUGCAAUUGUAAAUCUUCAGCUUUCUGAAGGAGAGAUUGUCAUUGAUGUUGAUGGUACAGUUCCUACUCAACCAGUUUUGCAACACAUUGGAAUCUCUGCGUGGCCUGGGCGAUUGACACUGACCAAUUAUGCUUUGUACUUUGAGUCGGGAGUUGGCUUAUAUGAUAAAGCUGUUAGAUAUGAUCUGGCAACAGACAUGAAGCAGGUGAUAAAACCUGAAUUGACUGGACCACUGGGUGCUCGUCUUUUUGAUAAAGCUGUGAUGUACAAGUCGACAUCUAUAGAGGAGCCUGUUUAUUUGGAGUUUCCUGAAUUUAGAGGCAGUUCUCGACGUGACUUUUGGUUGGAUAUAUGUCUUGAGAUCCUGUAUGCACACAGGUUUAUAAGAAAAAAUAAACUUAAAGAAAUUCAGAAAUCAGAAAUACUUGCAAAGGCUAUUCUAGGCAUAUUCCGUUAUCGUGCAGUUAGAGAAGCUUUCCGCUUCUCAUCAUCCCAUUACAAAACCUUACUUGCUUUUAACCUAGCUGAAAGUCUUCCAGGGGGAGAUAAGAUUUUGGAAACUUUGUCAAGUCGCUUGGCACUUCUGAAUGAUGGUGCUGGAAUUGCAAAUGCAAAAAGGCAGUCGACACUAUCCCCAACAAAACAGCAGCCAACGUUGUCCCCAGUUUCACUUCUGGCACUUAGUCAACUUGGAUUUGUAUUAGAAAAAGAAGCAAAUCUAGAUGGACAAGCAGUAAUUGUUGGAGACAUCUGUGUUGGGGAGACAAAUCCCUUGGAAUUGGCAGUGAAACAGUCAUUAUCAGACACAGGGAUGGCUGAAGCUGCUCAGGCAACUGUGGACCAAGUGAAGGUGGAAGGAAUUGAUACAAAUGUUGCAGUAAUGAAGGAACUACUGUAUCCUGUUAUAGAACUAGUUAGCCGCUUUCAAAUUUUGGCCUCAUGGGAAGACCCUUAUAAAUCAAUGGUUUUUCUGGUGAUGAUUGGCUACAUUAUUAUAAGGGGGUGGAUCAGGUAUAUAUUGCCAGCCUUUUUUGUGUUCGUGGCAAUUCUCAUGCUCUGGUGCAGGCAUUUUAACAAAGGGAGGCCGUUAGAAACCUUUAGAGUAACAGCUCCCCCUGCACGAAAUGCUGUAGAGCAGCUGCUGACAUUGCAAGAUGUCAUCACUCAAGUUGAAGCAUUAAUUCAAGCAGGGAAUAUUAUUCUCCUGAAGAUAAGAGCUCUCUUAUUUGCCAUACUUCCACAGGCCACAGAAAAGGUUGCUCUACUGCUGAUUUUCAUUGCUGCAGCAUUUGCAUUUGUGCCUAUGAGAUACUUGGUUCUACUAGUAUUUCUAGAGGCUUUCACGAGGGAAAUGCCAUACAGGAAAGAAAGCAGUGACAAGUGGAUAAGGCGGGUUAAAGAAUGGUGGAUUAGAAUACCAGCGGCUCCGGUUCAGCUCAUUAAAGUUGAUGAGAAGAAGAAAAGGAAAUGAAAAUUGCUUGUGAAUGGCAAAGUCGACGCCACUUUCAAAUGACAGUCCUUGCCACGAUGUACUUGUGUAAUGUAAAUAACUAGGAUACACGUUUGAUGAAUUCUUCCUGUACCAAUUUCUAUGUGAAUAGGAAACUCUCUCUUCUCUCU